AUUGGUUCCUAGUUUGCUCGCCUUUCUCUUUUGAAUUCGCACAUUAAUAUAAUUUUCCUCUUUAUUUUACCGUGGAAAUAUUUUCUUCAGGCAGCAAAUUUCGAUUUACGAAUUGAUUCAGCGUAGCUUAUAGCAUAGUCCGAUUUGAUCUGGUUCAUAACUCUAGUUAAUUAACUUUCAUAACUAGGUCAUUAAAAAUGGGGGAUAAAGUGCAGAACACCAGUUUCCAGCUGGUGGAUGACAUCGACAGGAAUGAUUGUGAGAUUGGAGAUCCGGUUGAGAUGCUGGACCAGAUGGCGGAUAAGUACAAGAGACAGAAGGACAUGUACCGAGAGGCCAGAGACUACUACUUCAAACUCAACCUCUGGGUCUUCUACCUUCCACUCCUCAUAGUCCAAGGUCUCACAAACGUGCUCACCCACACCUCCAUCCGACCUGACUUCGGCUAUGCGAGUGAGAUGCGAACUACAGUGGCAAUCCUCAACGCACUCGUGUCUGUCUGGACUGCCGCACAACUCAAACUGGGAUGGAAUAUUAAGACCCGCUCGGCCAGCUCCACCCUGACCAAGUACAGAGAAUUGAGUGGACAAAUCGACACCCUCAACAUCAUCCUCAGAUGUCAACAGGAGAAGUGCACUAAGGGAGCCAUUGACUUUGUGAACACCUGCUACGAGAAGGAGAAGUCAAUAAUGGAGAAUGAGAUUACCAUCCCCACCUUCAUUUCCAAGAAAUACGCUGUCAAACACCUGGAGCACUUAGCAGAAGAACAGGAUGAGGACAGUGAUAACGACGCGGAGUCGAAUGCCGAAGUGUCGAUUGACCUCCAUUCGACCGAUUUCAACCUGGACGAAAAUGAGAGUAUGGUUGACGAAGAACAAGUUGACGUGAAGGAACAAGCACCUGUACAAGCGGCAGUUGUUCCUCCAACUGUCGAUGACAAAACCAACCCUGGAGCCUCUGGAAAGACCAAUCCAGCUCCCAAACCUGCGUCUCUUAAACCUGCAUCUCCGAAAACAUCCGAUACCAAAGCUCCCGCUGCUGGACAAGACGACAAACCACCCGAAGACCCCGCAACUAAAGUUCUCGGCGAUUUCUUGUCGUUCGAAGACCGUAACAUGAACAGUAGCUUGCUGUUUAAAACACUCUUGGCUCGAUUUAGAAACCUCAAAUGGUUAUAUGGGCAAGCGGCUAAUUAUUACCACCUGAUGAAUCUGGCAUUUUUCUACACGCCUCUGUUGAUUUUUGGAACAAUAAAUACUAUUCUCACCUCUUUGAUUGUGGGCGAUUCGCUGGGCUACAUCUCGCUUCUAAUUAUCGUUGUGUCGGCAAUCGUCUCGGUCCUGACAGGUCUUCAGAUGACCCUGAGGUGGGAAGCUGAGAGCUCGCGAUGCAUGGAAACCCACCAGAUGUACAGACAUCUGGAUGCAGAGACUUCUUACAGACUGAUGCUGAUUGAGAAAGGCGUGACGAUUAAACAUGCGGCCGAGUUCGCGUGGAAGAGUCGUGAGUUGGAGGCGCAGACGACCGACUCGGUGCCCGCCAUCCCGCAGUACAUAUUCAGUGACAGCAAGAAGCAGCAGAAACUACUGCAGCUGGAGAAAGAACUCGAGGACAGAAUCGGAUCAUCCACAGAGUAGAAUGCUCGGUAUCUCUUUAACUGCCCCACCCCCCCCCCUUUGCAAAAGGGGGAUAUUCUUUACUAGAUAUAAAAUUCCCAUAUGCUUAACAGUUGAUUUAUUUCUUUAUAGAAGGAUAUUCGUUACUAUGAAGGCGAGGGGGGAUAUAGUUGAAGAGAUCCAAUAUUCGGGCCAAGUUCACGAGAACAGUAAUAAUAAAAAUCCUAAUGAAUUGCUUGCAGGCAGAAAAAGUACAGAAGUUCACAAUGACACUUUAGUAAAUUUGAAACUGUGUGGGAGGUCACCAUUUAGUCUACAAACAAUGUUCAAGUGUCUUUCACGCGAAAAGCUGAUGAAUUUUUGCUAUUCUUCCAUAAAUUUGUUUUUUCAAGAACGGAACAAUGUGUUUUUAAUUGACAAAAAACAUCCAGAAAAAUUAAUCUUGGAAGAACACCAGAAAAGCAUGUUAUUUUUGCAUAAAGAAAGCUUUCUUCGUGUAAAUGUGCAGUUUCAUACAAUGGUUGGUAAUGAGUUUCUGGCUUCAAAUUAAAUUCAUUCAUUAUAAGAUUAA